AAUCUACAAUUCCCUGGCUGUCAGUGAAAAGGCUCUGUUAAAGAGAAUGGAACUUCUUGAGGUAAGAGGGAAGAGCACUCGGGGACUGAGGAAGGUGUUUGUAAUUCUAAGCACCGACAUGGUGGAAGGUUUGUCGCACCUCUUGAUGGUUCGUGCGCAGGCUGGUGUACCAUCAACAAACACGUUCCUAUUCUCCAGAUGUACAGAUUCACCACAGGAUGGCUGUGAAGCACUGAGAGUGGUCACAUCUAAGUGUCACAAUCUUGCCUUUCCAGAACGGGUCAGGACAACAAAACUGAGAAAGUAUUUGGCAACUACUACUCAGAUAAUGGAUAUGAGAGAUGAUGAGCUGAAGUUAAUUGCUGAUCACAUGGGACACUCUGUUGCCAUACAUACUGACGUGUACAGAAUGCAGACGUCAGUGCUUGAACGAACAAAAGUUGCAAGGGCUCUUCUAGCUUUAGAAGAUGGUAAACUACAGGGGUUUAAUGGUCGCGACCUUUCGUCGGUCAGCCUUGAUGAAUUGCCUGAACCUGAACCUGAACCUUACAAAGCAGGGUCAUUUGAAGAAUUGUCUGAACCAGACAACAGCUAUGAGGAUGUUCCUGAAGUUGAAACAGAAGCUGUACAGAAGCCUCAUGCAUGUACAGGAUCAAAAAAACGAUGGUCGAAAGAGGAGGAGAGUGCUCUACGGGAAGCCUUUGACAUUCAGAUAAAAAUGCAGAAAAACGUUUCAACAAUGGAGAUCAGGAAAGCACAGAAGUGUUAUCCUGUGUUGCAAGACAGAUUCAGAAGCUGUUAUUCGGACAAAAUAAACAACAUCAAAUUAGGAAAAUACAAAAAAAUAUGA